UACAGAUCUUGGCAUCCUUCUUUGACCCAGAGCCACAAUCAACCCCCUUCUUCUACUACAUCUUGGACUGCUUCUGCUAAUGGCUACAUCAGGCACACAAGCAAUUGGCGUUUGCUAUGGAAUGAGUGGCAAUAACUUGCCACACCCAGAUGAAGUCAUUGAUCUCUAUAAAAGAAACAACAUUCAGAAGAUGAGGCUUUAUGCUCCAAAUGAAUCUGUUCUUGAAGCUCUGAAAGAUUCUAGCAUUGAGCUCAUGCUAGGCGUCCCAAACCAUGAACUUCAAGUUGUAGCAAAAGAUCAAAACAAUGCAUCCAAAUGGGUCAAACGAUACAUAGUAAGAUACAAAGAUUCUAUCAAAUUCAAGUUUGUUGUUGUCGGCAAUCAAGUCAGUCGCACCCAUCCAAAUGAUUUCAAAUAUAUCCUCCCUGCCAUGAGAAACAUGUACAUUGCAGUUCAAACAGCUGGGUUCCAUGACCAAAUCAAGGUAUCGACUGCAGUUUACUCAGGAGACCUCACUGAUACCUACCCUCCUUCUAGCUCUAUCUUCAAACCUCAGGUGCUCUCAGCAGGCAUGCGUGAAAUCAUCUUCUUCUUGGUCCAAACGCGGGCACCUUUACUUGCUAAUGUCUACCCCUUCUUCGCAUAUUUGCAUAAUCAAAGAGACAUCAAGCCUGAAUAUGCCUUUACUUGCCAAUCAGUGAAUCAAGUUGAUUACCAGAAUCUAUUCGACGCCAUGGUCGAUUCUUUCUAUUAUGCUCUUGAGAAGGUGGGUGGGCGCUCGUUGGAUGUGGUUGUAUCAGAAACUGGUUGGCCAAAUUCUGGUGACUCUAUUUCCACUUCAGAAAAUGCAAGAAAAUACUACAAAAAACCUCAUCGGACAUGUGAAGUCUGGAAGAGGCACUCCAAGAAAGCCUCGAAAGCCCAUAGAAACAUACCUAUUUGCAAUGUUCGAUGAGAACAAGAAGGGUGGACAUGCUAGGGAGAAACAUUUUGGGCUGUUCUUUCCAAAUAAACAGCCCAAGUACCAAAUAAGUUUCACUUAAUAUAAGAGUGAGAUGUGAAUAUUGUGGUAUUGAUUAAGAAGGUCCUGCACUCCUGCUUGAAGCUUUGAUGUAUGUUCAUGUUAAAGAAAGGGUAGGGUACACUUAAAUUAAGGGCAGUAGGAGGGCCCCUCAUAGUUUAUCCCCUCACUAGAUGAAUGUGAUGGUAAUUUAAUGGUAGGUCCUGCUUCGCUAUUUC